UGAUUUUUAAAGUAAACAUUACUAGAUUCUGAUUGGUGGAGGCGUCAACAAUGGAGGGAUGUGAUGCACCCUGGAGAUGGACUCACCUCCCUGUCACCUCUUAAACAGAUCUUUAAAAAAAAAAACUGUGUGAAAACCUUAUGUUAUUAAAGAACUUGAUUAAAUCCGUGUUUCUUUUGCACAUUAGCAAAACAUUGCGGUCAGACCUUCACAUGAUCACAUUCGGUGCAUUCAGAAAGCAACGGACGUUUUCUGCAAGCUUUCUCAUAUUCAGAUGCAGCCCAAGGACAAUGGAAGGAAAUGGGAAGCUCCCAGCACAUAGCCAAGACUUCCAGAAGUCUCCCUGAACGCCAAUGUGAAGCUUUAGAGCAAAUUUUUAAGCAAUAAUUCAACGUUCAGAUCUGCUGGAACAAACUUGGUCACCUGGGACAAGGAAAAGGUGGAUCCAAAGCGAUGGCUGAAGAAAUACAACUCAGAGAGAAGAAGCCGAGAAGUUUGCCUCGGUCUGAUGGGUGUGGUCUCUAUAACUUUGACGCUUUGGAUUUGUCUGGAGGGUUAAGGAUCGUCCUGGUUGGAAAGACUGGAUCAGGGAAGAGUGCCACGGGAAACACUAUCCUCGGCAGAGCUGUCUUCAAAGAAGAUCCGAGCCCGAUGUCGGUGACCAAGCACUGUGAGACACAGAGCGGAGAGGUGGACGGGAUCACAGUCCAAGUAAUCGACACUCCGGGCCUGUUUGACACAGGAAUCACAGAGGAGGAACUGAAGUCCAGGAUAGAAGAGUGUGUCAAGAUGUCGGUUCCUGGACCUCACGCUUUCCUUCUGGUGAUCAGGCUUGGAGUCAGGUUCACCGAGGAGGAGAGGAAUGCCGUGAAGUGGAUCCAGGAAAACUUCGGCGACGACGCCUCCAUGUACACCAUCAUGCUGUUUACGUGCAAGGAUCAAGGCAAAGCAGACAAUGCCCUGAAGGAGUGCAAGGAGCUCCGGAGACUUUCGAUCACGUUCGGGCGCAGGUACCACGCCUUCAACAACAACGACGCAGACGACCGCGUGCAGGUUACAGAGCUCAUCAACAUGAUCAAGGAAAUGGUACAAGACAACGGAGGGAAGCACUACACAAACGAGAUGUAUGAGAAAGCCCAGAGGAAGCUAAAAGAGGAGGAGGAGCGCAAGAGGCAGGAAGAGGAGGAGAAGAAGGAGGAAGAGAGGAAGGUUUGGGACGAGGAGAGGGAGAAGCAGCAAAAAGAACGAGAGAAGAAGAAACAGGUUCGGAGGAAGAACAUCCGCGUGGCCUCGGCUGCUGCGGUUGUGUUGGUGUUAGCCGGCGUUGUCAUAGCGGUGGGGGCAAACACCACCGUGGCGUUGGCUCUGGGGGCUCCGACACUCGUCCUGGGGGUUUUAUGUGGUUUAGCUGCCAUUUGGGUUUGGAAAGGAAUAAAAUGUAAAGCUAAAAAAAACAGUCCGGUGUAAUUAACACAAAAUCAUGUCCGUCGGUAGUAAUAUUACAAAUAAAGUUCGGAUGUAGAAUAUCUUCCACAAGAUUAGCUAAUAUUGGUAUGUAUGUCAAAACGUUUUCUGGUUUUCAGAAAAUGUUUCUCAAAUGAACAAAGUAAAGCUUGACUGGAAAAUGAAUUUAAAUUAGAAAUGUUAUUUAGGUCAGAGGUGUCACACUCAUUUUUAUACCAAGGUCACAAAUUUUCUCAAAGGGCCAAAUUGUGUCAGAAUGUAUUGAAAAAAUAAAACAAAAAACUACCCACUAAUAAACUGUUAAAAUAUCAAUAAAUAGCUGUCUUUGAUGAGUACUUCUUUAAAUUAAAUUAAAUUUUUUCACAUUGAUGUAAUUUGGCGGUAUACAGAUAAAACCGUUUUGAUUUGAUUGAUAGAGUAAUAUUUUAGCACACAACUGUUAUCUUGAAGGCUCUAAUUAUGUGGCCCUCUUUAGAGUCUAGAGGGCCACAUAAAUAGUUACGGCGGGCCAGAUGUGGCCCACCAGCCUUGAGUUUGACAUGUGAUUUAAAUGAUCAGGAAGGCAGUAUUUUUCAGCAAAACUGCUGUUUAAUUUAACUAUUAAAUUCACUUUUUCACUUUUAAACAAACCUCUUCAGCUUACAGCCCUGAACUGACCCACAACUGGAUCACAUUUGACCUUAUCUGCAGGUCUUGGCAGCAAAGUUGUACCGAAAUUAUCUGUGUUACUGAUGGACCAUACAUAAUACUGUUCUUUAAAGAAACUGAAAAUCAAAUACAUUUUGUCCUUUGAUGCAGUAUGGCUUAUAAAGUUACAAAACUUUAGAUUAAAUCAGAACUAGCAGAACUAUAUGACAAUUAAACAGUGAUAUGACCUGCAAGCUC